AUAUGACAAUGGCUGGCGGAUGGUUGUAGCAGAGUUGCUGUAGGAACGGGCUGGCUGCUAUGGACGCUGCUGGAGGGAGGCGCGUACGGUGUCCGGAUUCCCCUCGCCGGGCUGGCGCUCCCUGUGGGCGGGCUCUGCUGUGGGGCUGGGCCCUGCUGGGCUGCGCCUGGGGCCCUCGCCCCCCGGGGGCUGCUGCCGCCCCUUUCCUAGCCGGCUACGCGCUGGACGAUUCGGGCGGGCUGGGCCGUGAGUUCGACGGCAUCGGGGCCGUGAGCGGCGGAGGGGCCACCUCUCGACUUCUGGUGAAUUACCCAGAGCCUUAUCGCUCUCAGAUUUUAGAUUAUCUGUUUAUGCCAAAUUUUGGUGCCUCUUUGCAUAUUCUGAAAGUAGAGAUUGGUGGUGAUGGACAGUCAACAGAUGGUACUGAACCCUCCCACAUGCACUAUGAAAACGAUGAGAAUUAUUUCCGGGGCUAUGAGUGGUGGCUAAUGAAAGAAGCUAAAAAGAGGAACCCCAACAUUAAAUUGAUUGGGUUACCUUGGGCAUUUCCUGGAUGGAUAGGGAGGGGUCAGAACUGGCCCUAUAAUCAUCCGGAUGUCACUGCUUACUAUAUUGUUUCCUGGAUUCUAGGCGCCAAGCAGUAUCACAAUUUGGACAUUGAUUAUAUUGGGAUAUGGAAUGAAAGGUCAUUUAGUAGCAAAUAUAUCAAGCUAUUAAGGUACACCUUGGAUAAACAAGGUCUGCAGCGGGUGAGGAUCAUAGCUAGUGAUAACAUGUGGGAGCCAAUUUCCUUUUUCAUGAUGUUCGACUGUGAACUCCAUCAAGUGGUCGAUAUCAUAGGGGCUCAUUAUCCUGGAACAAGAACAGUGCCUAAUGCCUUAGCAACUCAGAAGAAACUAUGGGCUUCGGAAGACUAUAGCACUUUCAAUGAUGAAGUGGGUGCAGGCUGCUGGGCUCGGAUCCUGAACCAGAACUAUGUGAAUGGAAAUAUGACCUCCACCAUUGCUUGGAAUUUAGUGGCUAGUUAUUAUGAAGAUUUGCCAUUUGGUCGAGAUGGAUUAAUGACAGCGCAAGAGCCAUGGAGUGGCUAUUAUGCAGUGGAAGGUCCCAUCUGGAUCACAGCACAUACAACUCAGUUUACCCACCCUGGCUGGCAUUACCUGCAGGUGGAUGGACGUUUAGAACACGGUGGCAGCUAUGUAGCUCUGACCGAUGGCCUAGGCAACCUUACUAUCAUCAUUGAAACUAUGACUUAUCGCCACUCUCAGUGUAUCAGGCCUCCACUGCUUCCCUUCAUUGUGUUACCUCAGAAAGCAACUUUCUACCUCAAAGGAUCCUUUCAUAAAGUGACAAUCUUGAAAAUGUGGUAUACCAAGCUUGGCUUCAAAUCUGCAAAUUCCACCUUAUUCCAUCCUCUUCCUCCUGUAAAGGUACAUGAAGGGAUGUUCAGUUUAAAUCUGGAUGUGGAUGAAGUCUACACGUUAACUACCCUCACGACAGGCCGGAAAGGCACUUACCCAGAUCCUCCCCAGUCCAAGCCUUUUCCUUCAAAUUACAAGGAUGAUUUCAACAUUCGUAAUCCGCCCUUUAGUGAAGCUCCACAUUUUGCUGAUCAGACAGGGGUAUUCGAGUACUUUGUCAACACUUCUGAUCCAGGGGACCACAUUUUCACACUCCGCCAGGUGGUGGUUCAGCGACCCAUCACCUGGGCUUCUGAUGCAGACCAGGCCAUCAGCAUUAUAGGAGACUUUAAAUGGGUAAAUGUGUCGAUAACUUGUGAUGUCUACAUAGAGCACCUGGGCAACGGUGGUGUGUUCAUUGCAGGAAGAGUAAACAAUGGCGGGAUAUAUGUUAGACAUAGCAAAGGACUCUUCUUCUGGGUGUUUGCAGAUGGCACCUACCAGGUCACUGGUGAUCUCUCUGGAAAGGAAGUCCUGAUGAAAGGAAUGUCUGGUGUGCGAGCCAGAGUAUGGCACACACUCACUCUGAAUCUCAAGGGUUCUUCUGCCUCAGGAUCACUCAAUGGUUAUCCCCUCUGGGAGAACGUCACCUUAUCUGAGACAAGUCAUGGCUGGGCGGCUAUUGGAACACGCUCCUUUGAAUUUGCACAGUUUGACAAUUUUCACAUUGAGGCCAGUUGAGGUUGCUGGCCUACUAAGACAAGCCAGUUGUUUUAUUACUACUUUGAAUCGGAGCCAGUUCAAACUUUGGAGAUAACUUGUAAAUAUUAUUUUGAGGUUGAUCUGUUGGCCAGUGUUCUAAAUUCCACCUUUUAUUUAUUACUGUUUGUUAGAAAUUUACUAGAGUAGGUAUGUGUACACAUGCCUGUGACUUAACCAAAAGGAUGCGCUGGGAUUUUGCCCUUUAAUUUUCAGAGAUAAGUUUUUGUUUAAAUUAGAGAUGGCAAACAGGAGCCAUGGAUUAAAACCUUCUUGAAUUUUUGUAAUCGGAACGCCCCAGUUCACUUGUGAGCCAUUUUAAGAAAUUAACGUGCAGUAUGUAGAAGACCUCAGAAGCUUCAGUUUUAACACUUACCUGGUUCUGGUGUUUUCCUUUCACCAUCCAACUAAGAAUUAAACACCUAAAUUUAGUGAACAUAUUCCUAAAGUGUCACAUUUACUGUUCCCAAAUUCCCCUUUCAACAGAGUGCUUAAUUCUGUUACAGUAGAAAAAUAUUUGCCCUUUUCCCCCCUGCCAUAGUCUGAGGCUAGGGAAUACACAAUUGCAAGUGCAUUUGAAUUACUUCUCCCUGUUGUAAAUGAGAUCUGCAUUACCAGCCUUUAGAUAUUGAGGUAUAUUUUGAGGCUGUAUUUGUGCAUUGGAGUACAAGCGCAGCUGAUGGUUGAUUUGUCCAUUUAGGAAGUGCCUUAUUUUUAAACUACCUCUCUCAUUAAUGACAAAGUAGCAAUCCUAAAAGGUUUUUCAAGCAUCUUCCACUUAUGAUACAGGACUGUAUUCUAAAACAGAGACUAAAUGAAGUAUAAUUGCAUGUUAUAAAUCCUCAGGAGGAAAAAACUCUCUCCAUUUUGCUAUCAUUCCUUGGCUUUCCAAGUCACUGCAACAGCUGUAGAGUUAAUUUAUUCUUACAUGUAUAAGUGAGUCUUGAAGUACAGAGUGAGACUGUCAUAUAUUGCUACUCUAGAUUCUGUAGAUUCCUGCAUUUUUCUUCCUUUGUUUGUUCGUGUUCUGCUCGGCUCAGUUUGGAAAUAAUAACUUGGUGGUUCAAUGAGAUGUAUGUCAUCUUGUCAUGCCGGAAGGGAAAACUUUCCAUACCUCCUAAUUGAUAAAUGUUUACCAAAUUUCACUGUUUUAAUUGAGGAAAUCCAGUGAGACAAGAAUCUAACUCCAGAGGUGAUAACACACUUGAAACCUGGACAAGGACAUAUUUAUUAGGCAAUCUUCUGUCUUAGGAGACUGCCCCAAAGUAUCUCUAAACAUACUGAGCACAGUUCUGAUCCACUUUUAAUAAAGACUAAUUCUUAAGCAACUGAUUGUUCUGAAUGGUAGCUUAAGACAGGUAUAAUGUAAUUACAAGUAUUUUGCAGUUUGAAGAUUAUGGGAUAAUGGAGAGCAUUUUUUCAAAUAGCUUUUGGAGAAAAAUAUCUCAGAAUUCCAUCCUAACAUCCCACUCUAGCGAUUCUAAGAUUCCCACUCUAAGCAAUUAGUGACACUUCUUGUGACUAUUAGCAAAAGCCUUUAUACAUAGUCUCAUACAUUCAGUUAACCUUGAAAACAAUAAAUUUUAAAGUGAUUUUUAACUAUUGUCAUGGGCAUUAAGCAUGUUCGUUUUCAUUUGAUAAAUGAGAGAGAAUUUCUAGGCCAGUAUUCAGACUGUGGUGGCCUAGAUUUAAGUGCCUAACUUUAUAUUUAGAUACCUAAAUAAGUGGUCUGAUUUCCAGAGGGACGUCAGUGGGAGCUGCAGAUGUUCAGCACUUCCUAAAGUCAGGCCACUUGUGGGUCCCUAAAGUUGGACACCUAUUUGAGGAAUGUCUGUAAAUGAACGAGUUAUAAGAGAAAUUUGAAUUUGGCAGAACUGGAUAUAUGUUCCUAAUCGAAUAUUUCUGUAGCAAUUCUAGCUAACUCUAUUAGCUGCAGGGUGUGUACGCGUGGGUGAUGGAACAGCACUGAUGAUGCAAUUAUUCCAAAGAUUACAGUUUUUACAUUUUUGCACUAGUUAAUUAACAAUUUUACCGUUUUUACAUUAUGGACUAAAUGUGUUGUACAUUAUUGGGAGUAUAGUUUUUAUGUUAACUUUUAUAAAAUUAAAGUAAUAAGGGAUUUAAAAUGUUUUAAAUUAUUGUGAAUACUAUGUUUACUGAAGUUUUGUUGUGUAAUCAUCUUAUACAUCUGUAAUUCUUUCCCUUUGAAUGGAUUGUAAUGCACUUGGUGAUAGCAGAUAAGCUGUUAAGUGUUUCAGUAAGAGACAGACUUACAUAGUUGAUUAUAAAUACUAAUGAUUCCAAAUGAUCAAAUAAAACAC